AUGCGUGCUCCAAUCAUCCUCACUUCUCUUAUUGCCGGUCUCGGCACUGCACACACCAUCAUUGACCCCCUCAACUACGACAUAAACAACGAUCCAUUUCACGACGAAUUACACAACCUCACUUUGGCCGAAUAUAAGGACUCUGGCCUUGUUGCAAGACAGGAGAACCGAGUAGGCUUUAUUAGGGCGUCCGGCAUCAUGACUGUAGCAGGAUACACCUAUGUUCGUGGUGCCGAAGAGUUGAAACAAGUAUGGAAUUCCUGCUCCGAAUGGCAAGGCGGUGAGGUGCGCUAUGGGGGUGACUGUAUCAAAAGUGCAGCUAUUAUCCUAUCUACGUACUCCAUGGUUGGUGUGGCCGCCUACACGGGCCCUACGGCGGCUGUAGGUCUUCUUACAGGUAUCCUUGGCCUCGCCAACACGCUCGCCGGCAACCAAGGACAGGGACCUAGUACAAAGAGAGCCGCGAUAGAACCUCCUCCUUUCCAGUAUGGAGUGAGCAAUAUCUCCGACAGCAUGAUCGACGCGAUGAAUCACGCCGUCGCCGUGGCAAAGCAGCAGAAGGAGGUCAAGGCUGACCCUAAGCUGAGGCAAGCAUGCAGUGAGAACAACGGCAAUCUUUACCAGCCCGGUCACAGGUGGAUGUUUGGAGGCUCUAACGGCAUGAAAAUUCAGUGCAAGAACGGCUGUGGGAAUGGCAAUUGGAACGGAAAUGAUAUGGCUACCAUCAUUGACCGCCUGGCUGGUACUCUUAUGCUGCACGGCGACAUGAACGCCCAAUUCACGCUGUACAACAACCAGAACGGCAGAGUCUAUGCCAGAUGCAAGAUGACCUUUCUGACCGGCUAUUCGGAUACUUGCCCCGAGUUUAUUACUGGACAAGGUUGCAACUUUUAA